UCAUUUUCUUCCAUUGUUGGGCCUAAUGGAUCAGGGAAAUCAAAUGUUAUCGAUGCACUUCUAUUCGUGUUUGGUUAUCGUGCGAGUAAAAUGCGACAAGCCAAGUUAUGUGAACUUAUUCACUCGUCACAAGGUUUUCAUAAUUUGGAUUAUUGCACCGUUGAGGUGCAUUUUCAAGAGAUUCGCGAUUUACCUGGAUCAGAUGAUUUUGAAGUUAUUCCUCAGUCGGAUUUAAUUAUUUCGCGUCAAGCAUUUAGUAAUAGCUCAAGCAAAUAUUUCAUCAACGGGCGAUUAAGCACUUAUAGCGAAGUAACAACUUUGUUGAAAGAAAGAGGUAUAGAUUUAGACCAUAAACGAUUCCUAAUUCUUCAGGGUGAAGUUGAAUCAAUAGCACAGAUGAAGCCUAAAGCACCAAAUGAUCAUGAAGAUGGACUUUUAGAAUAUCUUGAGGAUAUAAUAGGAACAUCCAAAUACAAAGCCCCUAUAGAAGAAGCAAGCGAUAAAGUAGAAAAAUAUAACGAUGAACGAUUAGAUAAAUUACACCGCGUGAAAAUAGUUGAAAAGGAAAAACAGGGCUUAGAGGCCAAAAAGAAAGAAGCGGAGGAUUUCCUCCGAGAAGAAAAUAUGCUGGCUAUGAAAAGAUCAGCGCUUUAUCAACGACAAAUUCUGAAGCUAAAGCAUGAGGUCGAAAUUUCAGCAAAAGCAGUGAACCAAUUAAAAGUUAAACUUGAAGAGGAGCAAGGAAAGCACACGCAAAUCAAGCAAGAUACACAAAAUCUAGAAGAUAGAUACAAGAACUCAAUCCAAGAGUAUCAGAACUUGGAAAAGGAAACCAACCAGAUCAUGAAAGAGCUGUCCGGUUAUGAAAAAGCAAAUAUUCAUUUAGAAGAAAAAAAGAAACAUGCAGUGACGAAACAAAAGAAAUUACUCAAAGCUAUACAAAUUGAUCGUCAUGCUCUAUCUGAAGCCAAGAUUUCUAUAAGAUACAAUGAAGACGAUCUGAUUACACGAAGUCAGGAAAUUGCUCAAGCGGAACAAAACUUAGAAGUUGAAGAGAGGAAGCUUGAAGCAAUUAGAGAAGGUCUAAAAGGUAAGACCGAGAAAUUCUCGGCUCAAAUAGAAGAAAAACAAAGAGAGCUUGCACCAUGGACAGAAAAGAUAAAUUUGAAGCAGUCUGCUAUCGAUGUUGCUCACUCCGAGCAUAGCAUUCUUAAAGAAAAGAUGGAUUCCACAAAGCGUGCGUUAGAACAGGCAGAAAAUGAAAUAGCUUCGCUUGAAGAUACUCGACGUUCAAAGGAACAAGGAAUAAUAGCGACUAGGAAUAAGAUAAAUUUGAUAAAAAAAGAAAUUAACCAAUUAGAAGUUCCAUCAAAGGAUACCAGCAAAAUUCAAGAGAAACUACGUUCUAGCCUUGCAGAUGCACGCCAAAAGGAGGAAGAAGCGAGAGCGCUAUUACAAUCAACUAUGUCUAGAGGUCAGGUGCUUACGAGUUUACUCAAACUCAAAGAUAGCGGACGUAUCCAAGGGCUUUAUGUAAGACGUUUACUGACCGAUCGAUUAGGUAAUCUCGGUGUUAUAGAUGACAAAUAUGAUGUUGCAGUUUCUACUGCGUGUCAAGCACUAGACAAUAUUGUAGUUGAUUCAGUUGAAGUUGGGCAAAGCUGUAUAGAAUAUCUGAGGAAAAAUAAUCUAGGUCGUGCUCAGUUUAUUCUUUUGCAGCAGCUUUCCUCUAUGGAUAUGAGCCCAAUUCAAACGCCUGAAGGAGUUCCCCGUCUUUUUGACCUCAUUAGACCAAAGGAGAAAAAGUUUGCACCAGCAUUCUUCAAGGCUUUACAAAAUACUCUUGUUGCAGAAAAUUUACAACAGGCCAGUCGGAUUGCAUACGGAAGACAGCGGUGGCGUGUGGUAACGUUGGAUGGACAACUUAUUGACAAAUCUGGAACAAUGUCCGGAGGUGGUACUAAGGUAAAUCGCGGAGGAAUGAGUUCAAAAUUCGUUCCUGAUGUAACACCAGAGAUAGUUUCGAAUUUGGAAAAGGAACGAAUUAGGUUAGAAAACCAAUGGAGGGAAUUCAACGAACAACGUAAAAGUUCUGAAGAUCAACUAUUACGUAAGAAGAAUGAAGUUCCAGAGUUAGAACUUAAUUUAUCAAAGCUAGAUAUGGAUUUAAACGCAUGCAUUAAGCGUAUAGCCGAUACUCAUAAGCGAAUUAACGAGUUACGUCAACAAAACAAGCCGAAUGUAGAAGAUGGAAAACGAAUGAAGAAAAUUUUGGUGGAAAUCGAGAAAUUGACUACAGAGUUAGAAGAUUUGAAAAGUCAAUCUUCAAAAAUUGAAGAUGAGAUUAAGAUGUUGCAUGAACAAAUUUUGCAAGCUGGUGGAGAUAAACUUCGGAGUCAGAAAUACCAAGUUGAUUCAAUAAAGGAAAAAAUAGGGAUGAUUAAUGACAGAAUAACCGCCUCGCAAGUUGCAAAAUCUAAGGCCGAGAAAGAUGUGUCGAAACUUGAAAAUUCGAUUGCUAAGAAUGAAAACGAAACGGAACAAUUGAAGCAGGAGUUAGAACAAUUCGAAGUUGAUAUUAGACAAAAGGCUGAACUUGCGCGUUCAAUCAAUGGUCGAGCUAAUGAAGCGAGAAGGAUCUUGGAUGAUAAGAAGGAGGAACUGGAUGAAAUUAAAACAGAACUUGAUGAGAAAACAGAGAUAAUCAACAAAAUCAGGGCUGUUGAAGUAGAGAUAAGAAACAAGCUCGAAGAUUGUGAACGAACUUUGGCGGAAAAUAAACAAAAGGAAAAUCAUUGGCUCGGUUUACUUAGCAAACUUACACUUCAUGAAAUUGGAGGUGAGCCGAGACCCGAAUUUCAGACAUAUACAGAUGACGAGCUUUUAGCAAUGAAUAAAGAAAAUUUAAAGAACGAAAUAGAAUCACUCAAUGCGAAGAUACAAGAUGCUAAUCCCAACCUCAACGUUUUGCUGGAAUACCGUCGAUGUGAGGAAGAGUAUACAUCACGCGUAAAAGAUCUUGAAGAAAUAACGUCGAUACGUGAUGAAUGCAAAAGGCAUUAUGAUGAAUUACGCAAAUUACGACUGGAAGAAUUCAUGCAUGGGUUUACUUUAAUUUCUCAGAAGCUCAAAGAAAUGUAUCAGAUGAUUACACUUGGUGGAAACGCAGAACUCGAGUGUUGUGACAGCCUGGACCCAUUUUCCGAAGGUAUUAUUUUCAGUGUAAUGCCUCCAAAGAAAAGUUGGAAAAAUAUUUCUAAUCUAUCUGGCGGAGAAAAGACACUAAGUUCUUUGGCAUUGGUGUUUGCGCUUCAUCAUUACAAACCUACGCCAUUGUACGUGAUGGAUGAGAUUGAUGCCGCCCUGGAUUUCAGAAAUGUGUCAAUUGUCGCAAACUAUAUAAAAGAGCGAACAAAAAAUGCACAAUUUAUUAUUAUUAGUUUACGAAAUAACAUGUUUGAGUUGGCCGAUCGAUUAGUUGGUAUAUAUAAAACUAACAAUAUGGAUAUUGUUGCGAGAAUGGAGGUUGAUAUGUUUGAAUCGUCUCCGCAUGAACUUCCACAUAUUGAAAGUCAGACAACGCCUGAUUCUUCAGCAGCCUAUAGCCCAGAAGUAGUGGAAGGACAAAAUGUUCAUUCUAAAGAUUCAGUUACAAAUACCGAAAAACAAACGAAACGUUCAGGAAAACGACGCCGUAAAACACUUGAAACAGAAGAUAAUCAAACACCAGCCGCAAGUUCGUCACAGCCUUGUCAAAAAAAACGGAUUUUACCGCCACGUAAGGUUGGUACUCUGGCAAGUGUGUUAGCCGAAGAAGUUGCGGCCGGCCAAGAAACGAUUCUUGUGCUAACCUCUGAUGAAGAUAUUUUACAAACAUGUGAAAUAGUUGAAGAUAAUGACAUUAAUUUUGAUGAAGAAAUGACAGUUUCGAUCGCGAUUGAUAAUGAUAAAAAAGAUAUAAUAGUUCCAUCCUUUAAACUUUGGGAUGAGGAUGUUGGUAGUGGCUUACGCAGUAAAGCACAAGAGGAAGAUACAUCCGAUGCAACAUACGAAAAACGACAUCGAAAGCAUGAACUUGCAGAAAAGAAGUUAAAGAACAGGGAAAGAGAAAAAUUAGAGUAUGAAAGAUAUCAACAACAAUUAGCAGUAGAGAAAUUACGUAACACAGAUUCUAAAAGUUUGAUAUCAAUAGCUGCUUUACGUAGUAAUGACUCGACAAGCGAUGCAAGUAAAUUAGAGACAGUACAUAAAAAAUUACUUAAAGAAGCAGAAGAUCAAUUAGCGCGAUAUGAUUCUUUAGGAUUAGGAGGGAAAAAGAGAAAAGCUGAUGCAAUAAUCAAUAACAGCAUUAAUAUAGUGGGAGAAAGUAAAAUUAUCGAAGAACCAGAAAAUAAGAAGGCACGACUUCGUAUACCAAGACGUAUCAGUAAUGCAAAUCCAGAUGAAGCAUUUACACCAACAAUGCCCACAGGAUCACGGAAGAGUACGCGUUCAGCACUUGCUUUUGGAUACAAGGUUCCAAUAAAACCCUUGGUGAAAAAAGAUUUCAGUCUCCCGGUUUCUAUAUUUGGAGAAAUGAUGAGUGAAAGAGAAAAUUUACGAUUGCAGGAAUACCAACAACCAAUCGAUGCCGAAGAACUUAAAAAACUCUAA